AUGGCUUUGCUGCAGCAAGAACACCGCAGCAGCAGCAGGAGCAGCAGAAGCAUUUCACCGUGUGGGUUCUCUGAGUGCGGGUGCAGCAGCAGCACAGCAGCAGCAGCACCCCCACCCCCCCCGCCAGCAACUGUUGCUCCCGCUGCUGCUGCUGCUGCUGCUGCUGCUGCUGCUGCUGAUGGGCUGCAGCAAGACGAGGGGCUGCUGCAGGGGGAGGAGGCCGUCUCCGACCCCCUGGUGCGGCACUGCAGCAGCAAAGGAGCAGCAGAAGCAUUUCACCGUGUGGGUUCUCUGAGUGCGGGUGCAGCAGCAGCAGCAGCAGCUGCUGCUGCUGCAGCAACAGCAGCAACAGCAGCAGCAACUGCAGCAGAAGGGGACUGGCGCGAUGCACCUGAUCCAACAACAGCAGCAGCAGCAGCAGAAACAACACACAUAGACAAUGGCUUUGCUGCAGCAAGAACACCGCAGCAGCAGCGGGAGGAGAAGGAGCAGCAGCUGCAGCAGGCAGCAGCAGUAACUGAGCAGAUGCGUCGCUUGCUGCUGCAGCAGCAGCAACAGCAACAGCAGCAGCAACAGCAGCAGCAACAGCAGCAGCAGCAGCUGCUGCAACAGCUGCAACCCCUGACUGUGUGCGCAUGUGGGGGACAGACAGUUGCUGCUGCGGUGCUGCAGCUUGCUGCUGACAUAAAGGAGGUGCAGCAGCAGCAACAGAUGCGUCGCUUGCUGCUGCAGCAGCAGCAACAGCAACAGCAACAGCAGCAGCAACAGCAACAGCAACAGCAGCAGCAGCAGCUGCUGCAACAGCUGCAACCCCUGACUGUGUGCGCAUGCGGGGGACAGACAGUUGCUGCUGCGGUGCUGCAGCUUGCUGCUGACAUAAAGGAGGUGCAGCAGCAGCAGCAGCAGCAGCAGGCAUUGCUGCAGCAGGUGCUGCAGCAGCAAACAGCAGGUCAGCAGCUAUUGAAGCAGCUGCUGAGCGCCGUUCAGUCUGGCCGCAGCGGCAUAGAGACAGCAGCAGCAGCAACAGCAGCAGCAGCAGCAGCAGCAGCAGCAGCAGGCAGCAGCAGCGAAGCAGCAAGACGGGGCCUGAGAAGGGGCCACAUUGUCUCUCCCCCCGGCACCCCUGGAGCCAACGGAUCGCAUGCAGACAUGCUGCAGCAGCAGCAGCUGCUGCUGCAGCAGCAGGAGUUGCUGCAGCAGCAGCAGCAGCAGCAGCAGGAGCGUUUUGCUGAGGAGCGUCGUCAGCAGGAGCUUCGACAGCAGUUGCUGCUGCAGCAGCAGCGUGAGCGUGAGCAGCAGCAGCGUGAGCAGGAGCAGCAUCGCUUGCUGCUGCUGCAGCAGCAGCAAGAAGAGGAAAGAAAAAAACAACAAGAAGAACAAAAAAAAAAAAAAGAAGCCCUGCACCAAAAACACCAGGCUCUGAUGUCUUUCUUAAUAAAGGGGGGGGCCCCCAGUACCCUCUUUGCGGAGCCUCAGGCGAAGGGGGGCCCCCCCAGCAGUCUCUUCGAUGAAUAG